CGCACGCCCAGGGGAAGCGCCGAGUUCCGGGCGCUCAGGGUCGGCCCCGAGCAGGGGGAAGGGAAGCGCUCUCCGUGUCGGGGCGGGCGGAGGGGCGUGAGGAAAGUCCUACGGUGGCCGCAGAGGGACGUUUCUACGGCUCCCACGCUGGGCCAAACGCCGCCGGGCGCCGGGCGCGGGAGCCCCUGGCCCUUCGGGGCAGCCCCGAGCGGGGACGCUUGAGGGUCCGGGCCGCGCCGUCGGCACCAUGCGGCCGCCCUGCUCCCGGAGCCCCGAGGGACAGGCGGCCGCGCGGCUCGGGACGCCGGCGCGGAGAGGGCACCCGGUGAGCGGGCGGGGGUGCCCGGGCGGGGCGCAGGCGGCUCCCGGGGGCGCUGCGCGUCGGCCCUGCCUGCCUCCAGGAUCCGGGGCCUGGCAGCCCCCAGAGGCGGGCGCCCGGACUCCGACCUGGAAGCCCGUGGCGCAGACGGGUUGCUUGCGCCCAAGUGAUGGGAGGAUGGCGAGCGGCCCGCCCCCAGCCGCGACCCCGAACCGUGAAGGGAGCACUAACGCCGGAAAGUCAUUGGCUGCUGUCAGACCGGGUCUGGCCGAAGCCUGUGGGGAGGGCUGGGCCUGCGGGUAGGGGAGGGUGGACGUGCCCGGCUUCCGGCUCUUCCGCCUCUGGCCAGAGCAGCACGUGGGCGGCCCUUUGCCCUGACCCGUGGCGGAAAGGAAGCUAGCAGGAGCCCCUGUGCAGGCCUCCGGGCUGAAGGCCUUGUGGUGGAGGCAGAUGCCCUGGACAGUGCCUCCCCGAGCCCGUAACCAACUUCGCUGCUAGGUUUUUACGCAUCGGUUCUGUACUUGCCGUUCUGUGUUUCUCUCUCCACGAUUUCGGCACGCCAUAAAUGGCGGUUCCUAGGCCAAACCAGGGAGCCACUUGCUAUUUCUCCUUUCCUGGGGUGGCCCAGUCCAUUGGGCUCCAUGCCCUGUGAUGACACCACUGGCCGUGGGCAGUCACCCUUUCUGCCAGGCACAGGCAGCCCCUGCCCUGUUAUGCCUGCUUCCUACAGCACCCCUGGGAGUCCAGCACUGUCCACGUCCCGGUUCUGCAGAGCAGGGAGGGUUUCCGGGGUGAGGUGACCUGCCCGAGGUCCCUCCAGGUAAAGGACAGCACGAGGGUUCGGGCUCCGCAGGGGAGCCCAGAGCCCUGUACCUGCUGCCGGGUUCCCAGCACUUGGCCUGUCAAGUUGCUCAAGAGAAUGGCUGUCUGCCCUGUGGGCACCCUCUCCCUCCACCAGUCCUGUGGUGGCUGCCACUCAGGGACUGAUUCGCCCUGGAUAAAGCAGCCACAGAAGUGCAGGCAGGAAUGGGCAUCCCAGAUAAGAGCCAGACGGCCCACGCCUCCCCCGGCGCUCUGCCUCGGACCCCGGGGCCCGGGCGCUCAUGACGCCUAUGCUGACCGCCACCCGGACGCCGCCGCUGCGAGCCUGCGCCGCCGCCCGGCCCGAUGCCGGUCAUGCCGAUCCCCCGGCGGGUGCGCUCCUUCCACGGCCCGCACACCACCUGCCUGCACGCGGCCUGCGGGCCCGCGCGCGCCUCGCGCCUGGCCCGCACCAAGUACAACAACUUCGACGUCUACGUGCGGGCGCGCUGGCUCUACGGCUUCAUCCGCUUCCUGCUCUACUUCAGCUGCAGCCUCUUCACCGCCGCGCUGUGGGGCGCGCUGGCCGCCCUCUUCUGCCUGCAGUACCUGGGCGUGCGCGUCCUGCUGCGCUUCCAGCUCAAGCUGUCGCUGCUGCUGCUGCUGCUGGGCCGCCGGCGCGUGGACUUCCGCCUCCUGAACGAGCUGCUCAUCUACGGCAUCCACGUGACCAUGCUGCUGGUGGGCGGCCUGGGCUGGUGUUUCAUGGUCUUCGUGGACAUGUGAGGGCCCGGCCACCUCGCCCUGGGGGGGCUCUGCUGGGAGCCCCGGGUGCAUGCACCUGCUGCAGGUUCUUUUCUUGAGACCUGGGAGGCCGGGCCCGGUCCGCCCUUGCCCACAGACACCACCUGGGUGCCUGACCUGGGAGAGGAGAGGGCUGAGGCUUUCUGUGAAGGGACCUUGGCACCUGCCCUCCUUUCUGUGCGUGCUUUCGGGGCAGGACCUCCGGCCACCUGCUUGUGGUUCCAGGCUGCACUUUGCCGAGCUGUGCCAGGGUGGGAGCUGGGGGGGGGGUCCGGUCUGCACUUGGGGAGCCUGUCCCUGUCCCCAAUCCAGGACACUGGCAUCGCCUCUGGAGUUCCCUGGGAGAGGGGCUGCCCAGGCGCACUUCUCGGGAGGGUGUGACUGCUCCCGGCCCAGCCUUAGGGAAGCGUCAGGCUCCACCAGCAGACGCACCGCACUGCCACCAAGCUCUUCACUCUGCCCCGGGCCACCCGAGCCCUGGCCUAGCCCGCAGGCCCUCCGCCAUCUGUCACUCUGUGAGGCGCUGGUCCUGAGUCCCAGGCUGGGCUUCAGGGUCACCUCGGUUUGCCUGGCAGGUUCCCAGAUCAGGGUCAACCCAGAGGAGUGUGGGGCCCAGGGUCCACCUGUCUCCCUCCUGGGUGGCGGGUCCCAGGGCCCACCUGUCGCCCUCCUGGGUGGGCCUGUUGAGAGUGCCAGCCAGGUGCUGUCAUCUCGUCAAGCGUCCGUUUCUGGGGAGGCGGCUCUGUCUUUUUCUGGCUUUGGGGGCUUUCCAUCCCAUCCCCUGAGGGAGUGUCCAGGAUGGAGACGUGCUUGUCGGAACAGAUGUCAGAGGUGGCCCGAGGGCACCAGGCUGGACCUCCCAGCGAGGGGCUCGGCCGCCCUUGUUCCUGCCUCGGCAGCUGUUAGAAUGGAAUGAGGGCGUUCCUGCGGAGGCUCAGUGGUUAACAAACCCCACUAGUGUCCAUGAGGACGCAGGUUCAAUCCCUGGCCUCGCUCAGUGGGUUAGGGAUCUGGUGUUGCCGUGAGCAGUGGUGCAGGUUGCAGAGGAGGCUUGGAUCCUGCGUUGCUGUGGCUGGGGUGGGUGUAGGCCAGCUCCAGUUCGACCCCUAGCCUGGGAACUUCCAUAUGCUGCACGUGCGGCCCUAAAAAAGCAAAAAAAAGCAAGUUGAACGUGGGCCGGAAAAGAGCAAGUGGCCCAGAGGGCUUCUGCUUGUGGAGAGAACACGCCGGAGGCUGGUGCUUGCCCAGACCCUCCCCCUGGCCUCUGCCCACUGGGGCGUCGCGGGCAAGUGAGAGGGACUGAGUAACUACGCUGGGGCACCAGCCAGAGGCAGGACUCAGGGCCCCAAAUUGAGGGUGACACCUCAAAUUGUCCCCACAACCCCUGGGCACGGGCGGUGGCCCCUGCAGCCCUGCCUGGCCUGCCAGCCCAGCGGCCAGGGGCAGCUGGCAGGACCAUUAUGUGCCCCCCGCGAGGCAAACCCGAAUCAGGUAGAGAGCAGAAAAGUACUCGGCUGUGCGCCAAGCCCUUGACUCCGUAGCCAGCUUCGGGCUGACGCGGCCACGCGCGGUCCGGGCAGCUCCUGCAGGCAGAGGGAGCGAGUCCGCCUGACCUGCGUGGGUGGCGGGCCAGACCCCGCGCGGACCCUCUUCUCAGGGCUGCAGAGAGUCAUUUGCACUGGAUCACGCUGUUCCCGAAAAGCUUCGUCUUGUGUUCACUGGCGGCCGUUACCCGGGCCCGCCGAGGCUGCCCACGGGGGCGUGGGCGCAGGGCUGGGCGUCGGGGCCUCGGCGGCGCAGAUGCAGAGCUGCUCCCUGCCGCGAGUGCCUGUGAAGUCCUUUAUGGAAUGAGCCACCUGCAUUAAACUUAUUUUUUUAACACCUUGA